ACAGCAGAGAAACCCUGUGGGAAGAGUUGCAAACUAAAGUGGGAGUGAGAUCGAUACUUCAUCAAGUUCCAAAUGACGAUUCGUUGCUCAUUUAUUGGAAUCAUCUGAGGAUACAAUUCAGAGGUGCAAUUAAGACUGAAAGCAGCAAUAUGCCAAAAUCUCCGAGGAAAACAACUGGAGAAGUCCAGGAUAUAGAGUUGGGUCAGACAAGGAAAACCACAAACUCAGAGAGGACUCCCCAAGACAGUGAUCCCAGCCCCAGAGAUAAAAUCUUUCCCCACACUGGCCAUGGAAAACAGAGGACAGGGGUCAAACACUCACGGCAGCUUAAGCAAGGUCGAGAGCACCAAAAGAGUGAAGUAUGCAAGCUGGAGAUUGGGAGGAAAAGCAAGCUGAGCUUUACUGACAAGCAGAGCAGAAAGAAUGAGCAGACAUUAGAGGAAAGAGGAAGGGAAAAGACAAAAGGGAGAGGGGAGAAUGAGAAAACAAAGGAAAGGAAAGGAAAGAGGAAACCACAGCCAGAGAAAACAGGGGAGACUCAAAGAUUAAACCUCAGGGAACUUAAAACCAGUGAGAAAGAAUGUGAUGAAAAGAGAAAGGAAAAAGAUUGGCUCAAAACUGGAAUUAAAAAGACCAGUGGAGAAGACUUGGAGAAGCAUGAGGGAACGAAGGUCAGCAAGACAAAGCGAGACAAAGUCAACCUAUCAACAGGAAAGGAUAAGGGUAAAAAAAAUAAAGUUAGGAGAUGCAGAGAUAAGAGGAGGAAAGAGACAUUUAGUGAAGUAAAUGAUUCCAGCAAGUCUGGUGUGGAGGAGGAAGGAAGGGGAAGAACAAAGAGCAGAGGAAUCUCCAAAACAAGGCCAGCAAGAAUUGGAAAAAGCAGGACGGGGAUCAGCAAAGAUCCCAGUGAAAGUUCGGUGGAAUCCAACAAGGAACCAAACAGCAAAGAAGAAAGUAGUGACAGCAAGGAGUCAAUAACUGAAGUGGAGGAUGACCAGUCCAGCUCCGGGAGAGGUGGACAUCAGAGGAAAAUGAAUGACCAUAGUACUGAGAGUGAAAGUACAGAGGAGGAAAGAGACAAGAGGGAGACUGGAAAUGAAGAGAUGGGAAAAGAGGAAGUAACUGCACAAAAGGAUGAAAGCAGUUCUGGGGAGGACAGUGAAGAAGAUAAUUCAGUGAGUCAUGAAAGAGGAAGCCAAAGCAAAUUGCACAGCAGUAAUACUGAUCAGAAUCAAAACAGUAGUGUAAGAAGCAAUGGUGAAGGACAAGAGAAUAAACAGGGAGACAGUGGUGAAGAAACUGAUAAUGAAAAGGGAAUACCAAAAAUACAGGUGCGAUCACUAGAGGCAUCUGUGAAUAUGAUAGACCAGACAGAGGAAACUGUCAAGAGAAGAACAUUACAGAUGAAUGUGAAAAAGAAGCUUUUAGUGGGCCUAAAGGUCACAACUACAGAUGAAAGUAAGGGAGCAGAUACAACAAAGACUAAGCAGCAGUGUAGAUCUAGACAGCAGUUUUCACAAGUACAGUUUCAGCACAAGUAUCAAUCUCGACUGUGUGAGGCAAUGAAGAAGAAAGCGGCAGCAAAACAGGAUAAAAAGCAAGGAAAUCCGUCUGGGGAUGAGCUGAACUUUGAGAAGUCAACUGAUGUAAAAACGAUCUCUCCUUCCAACAUCCUUGCACAACAGUCGCUCCUUAUCCACUCUUUUAAGACCAAAAGCAGAGACAUAAGCUCAAGAUCGAAGCAGCGUCAUACACCCGCUUUAGCAGAGAGUAGCUUGUCCCAACUGAUGAAGGUAGCUGCCCAGACUGGUAAACCGUAUCAAGGUGCACCAGCCCAGGAGAAGCUGACAGAUGAAACCUCAAAGAUGCAGAGGAGUACAGAUGAUAAUUCUGACAUAGAAUGCCACCCUGAUGAAGACGAGACAUCAUCUUCCCAGCACCUGGGGGCUUUGGUUCAUCAGAAAAAGAUUGCAAAGGUUGUUGGGAAAAUGAAACUAGCAUCAAUCAAGAAGUGGAAAACUGCGUCCCUGAAUACAGAGGAAAAUACAACUAUAGCAGAUGUUAUUGAACCAGAAUCUGAGAAUUCCAAGCUGGAAGGGAAUUCUUAUCAGUGGUUUCCAGCUAUCCGUAAGGUCACUGGGUGGAUCAGUCGCCAGAUCCCCAAGAUUCUGAAAUCCAGAUCCAAGCUUGUCACCGUGACCAAAGUGAUUGGAACCACAGAGUGGCUGACAAGGACAUUGAGCAUGAGACAAAAGAACAGAAAUGGGAAGCCUGGUGGCUUCAGGAGACGCAUGGCAAUUAAACUUGCCAGUACAGCAGGGCGGGUCAGCCAGAAAGGUCACUCCUCUGGCAUCACCAAUACAGAUUUGAAGGCGGUCGAAGAAGGAGCAUUUCAGUCACUAGGAGUCAACAACAUGACCACUAGCUCAGGGGAUGCUGAAACAAUGGCUCCUAAUGCCAUAGAGCUUGUUCCAGAAAUGGAAGCCAAUGGACAGAACAAGUAUCAUCGGAGUGAGGACCCAAGUGAAGUUGGAGAGAAGUUUAUUAACAGUGAUGCAAAAUAUGCAAUUGUGCUCCCACGGGUGCACCAACUGGUGAAAUCAAAAGCAGCAGUAGCAGCCAGUUAUAGAAGUGAAAGGGCAAGUGGUGAUGUCCCACUGUCCUACAAAGUAGCUGUGUCUUCCCAGCCAGAUCACUUGUACAUGGAUGCUGUCAGGAAGCCACAGAGUAAAUAUAGAGACAAACUUCACACUUUAGCGGGCGUCAUGCAGUCUAAUGCAGAUAGAAAAACCUCAAAACAGCAACAAAAAGAUGCCAGGAUAUGGAGCCCCAAGAACAUUCCUCGCUACGAGGAUAUGGUCACCAGUCCUAGGUUAGCGAAUAAGCUGCUGAAAAAACAACAGGAUAAAACAAAAAUUGCUCUCCCAGAACGUAAUUCACCUCUCCAGUCCUAUGUGAAUACAGAUCCUCACAGACAGAUCACACCCACACAAGACUCUGAGCAUUUUCAGAGUAUCAGGGAUUUUCAUUGGGCACAGAGAGGGAACUUCAAGAAUGAACAUAUAACUUGGUUAGAUUCAGAAACAUUGCUUCCUCAUCCAACAAUUGAGAACCUGAGCAAAUGGGCAAUGUACAAAAAGCAGGACACCAGCAGAACAUUGAGAAGGACUGGGGCUUGGGAAGCUGAGGACAUUAUUGAAGACACUCUUGAGAAAGACUUCAAAUAUAAACAGCCAAGCUUCAGUGAAAACCACAACCUUGAGCCUGAGGAGGUGGACGAUCUAUCCAACUUAGAGCACAUCUUUGCCCUUGCUGAUGCUGCAUAUACAUUGAGUCAGAGCUGUGAGAGGGAACAGUGCAUCAUAGUCAGUGGACAAAGUGGUUCAGGAAAGACUGAAGGAGCCAAGCUGAUCACUCACUACCUGAUAGCACUUUACAAGGAAACCAAGGAGGAACGGAUUUGCCAGGUAACUGAGGUCUUUCCCAUCCUGGAAGCCUUUGGGAAUGCUAAAACUGUCCUGAACAAUAACUCCAGCAGGUUUGGGAAACUCCUGUGGAUCCAUAUCCUUCAGGGUCGCGUGGUUGGAACCUCCAUCUCCCACUAUCUGCUAGAAAGAUCCAGGCUUGUCUUUCAGGCACAUAAUGAGCGGAAUUACCAUGUGUUUUAUGAGCUACUGGCAGGCCUGGAUGACAUGCAGAAACAACAACUGAGUCUACAGGAAUCAGAAACAUAUUUCUACCUCAAUCAGGGCAGAGCAUGUGAGAUCACUAGCAAACAGGAGCAAGAAGACUUCCUAUGUUUGCUGCGCUCUCUGGGAAGAAUCGGGCUGAUGGAGGAUCAACUGAAAACAAUGUGGUCCAUCUUGUCCUCCAUUUUGCAGCUUGGCAAUGUUUGUUUCACAUCCUAUGAGUACUUUCGGUUCUGUGCCCGAGUGAUUCAUAAUGUAGAAAUCUUUAUCAGGAUGGAGAGGGAGGUAGUUGAUUCUGAGACCUGGGCCUUGAACCUUAAUAAGGGUAACGACGAUGAUCAGCUCACAGAUCAGCAAAUCACUCACCUGCAUGAACGUGAACAGGAGCUGAGUGAUGGGGAACAGAAAUUUAAUGGGAUGCUCACAGCCUUUAAACCCAGCAACGUGGACAAUCUUGAAGACAUCAAGCAGCAAACUGCAAGCUCCAAAAAGCAGCAAGCCUCCUGUAAACCAGAACACAGACCGGAGGCUCAGGGACCGAGACCAACGUCAAACAUUGCCGGUGCCAACGAUCUCAAAGAUCUGGGCGUGAACAGUUUUGAGCAACUUUGCAUUAACUAUGCCAAUGAACAGCUGCAGCAUUUCUUCAGCCAGGCUGUGCUCACACAAGAACAGGAAGAAUAUUCCCAGGAACAGAUUGAUUGGGCUUUCAUUCCAGUAUCUGAUCGACAAAAUUGUUUAGACCUUAUCACGGCCAAACCACAUGGAAUUCUGCGCAUUCUUGAUGAUCAAACCAACUUGCCUCAGGCAACAGAUCACACCUUCCUCCAGAAAUGCCACUACCAGCACAGCAACAAUCCCUGGUAUGUGAAACCCAAAUUGCCUCUCCCAGUUUUUACAGUUAGACAUUAUGCUGGUCCAGUGACAUACCAAGUUCAUAAAUUCCUGGAUAAAAACCAUGACCAGCUGAGACCAGAAGUGAUAGAAGUGUUCAUGGACAGCAGGAAUAAGAUGAUCUCUGACCUGUUCAAGAGAGCGCAGCAGAGUGUCUGUCAGCAGAACCGGAUUGGCUCGCAUUAUCGAGGACAUCGAUACCAGUCACCGACAGUGGCUACCAAAUUUCAGCAGAGUCUCCUGGAUCUGAUCAACAAACUGAAGAGGUGUAACCCAUUUUUCAUUCGAUGCAUUAAGCCCAAUAUUAAAAAGAUCCCUGGCCAGUUUGAUGUAGAGUGCGUUGGUGCCCAACUCAGACACUCCGGGAUUAUGGAGGUAGUCCACAUUCGAAAGGAAGGUUACCCUGUCAGAAUUCUCCUGCCGGAUUUUAUCAGCAGAUACAGCAUUUUACUGAAGGGCAAUUGCUCAGACAGUGACGUCUGCUCUUCUAUCCUCGAGAAGGUCACUGAGGGCACUCCGGAGCUUUAUCAACUUGGACUCACCAAGAAGAAGGCGGUUGCAAGUGCAGAAUUUGAGAAGAUGAACUGCGAAGUUCUUGAGCAGAUUGAUAUAAGAAAUGAGGAGGUAUUGAAGGUGUUUUUGAAGAAUGAGCUUUUCAAUCAGUUAGAGAAUUGUUGGCGGAAGAACAAGAACUGGGCAGCUCUCACCAUUCAGAAAAAUGUCCGUGGCUUCAUCAACAGGAAAAACUUCCAGAUCUUCAAACAGAAGAUAGUGAUUGUUCAAUCUCAUAUCAGAGGACACCAGGCCAGGAUUCGCUACAAGAGAUUGAAGAGGAGCUUAGAACGAUUUGGAACUGCAGUGGUCAUCUCACGAGCUGUUGCUCACAGGAGACGCAAUCAGCUGCUGACGGCACCGUGGAAUCGAAGGAUAUUUUCCAGGAACAAGGGACGAGGAACAGCAGUGGGAAUGGAUGUUGGGUUGCUGGAGAUACCAGCAGAGCUCGCUGCUCUGUUAGAAUUUGCUGACCGACAUUCACCUGCCUUUGAGAAUCAAGUUGCCGAGGUGUCUCCACCACAGGUUAAGGCCAUCAUCAACAACUCUCUUCCUGCAGAUGUCAACAACUACCCCUUCAGUAAAUUCAUAAAUCAGCACUUUAAGGUCCCUCAGUUACAGGUAUUGAACCAACCUCUACAACAGCCUCUCACAUACCUGGAAGGAGCAGAGAAACAUGCAGCUCUGGAACUCUUCAAACUGGUUCUGCGCUUUCUGCAAGCUGAGUUUCUCUAUGACAGGAAGGAAAUCCUCCUUGGCAAUUUUAUUGCACAUAAAGGAAUAUCAAAUCCCACACUCCGGAAUGAGAUCUUUUGCCAGGUGGUGAACCAAACCUGGAAGAAUCCGGACAUGGAGAAUUGGCAGCGAGCUUGCCUGUUGAUGGCCACCUGCCUGAGCUGCUUACGACCUUCUCCCGAGCUUGAGAAGCCUCUACUCAAAUAUGUGUCUGACCACACCAUGGAAGAAUACAGGCCCUUGUGUCAACAUAAAGCCCUCAGCGCCAUGCAACAGACCCAAGGCAGGGCCUACCCUCCAGCCCAGCUGGAAUGGACUGCCAACCGCAGGCGAGGACAGAUGGUUCUUGACAUCCACCUGCUUAAUGAGGAUAAAGUUGCAGCGGAGGUGGAGUCCUGGACAACAGGCGAGGAGCUUGCUAACUGGAUUUUAAAAUUGUGGAAUCAGGAGAAUGAGGAGAGAGGCUGGACAGUGUCCAUGCACAACGGAGAGGAAUGGAGGGACAUGCUUGGCUGUGACUUUGUCAUGGAUCUAAUUGCUGAAGUUGAACAGCUUGGCUUUUUCCCAACACAGCCAUCUACAUCCGUCAUCCACCCAGGAGUGAAUGAGAAUUCGACAGGAUCUCAUCCCAGUUCUGUCAAUUGCUUUCUGUCACUAUCUGAGGAAUGUGAAGGAGUAAUUCCUCCAGCACCCAACAUACAGGCACCUCCUCUUCCUCCGCCAUUCUUAUCCCAGGAUCAGUCUGAUAUGCAUUCGUAUGGUAAUUCUGUACUGAAAUCAGAGACCUCUCGAGGCAGCUUCGAAAACUAUGUGGACAAUCUGUUUGACCCUGUGUUCUCACAUGGGGCAGGGGAAAUGGAGAGAUCCAGAGAUUUAAACAGGCGGAUGAAAGGAGGUGGAGGAAUCGGCCCCUCACAGGUUGGAGCAUAUAUGACGACAGGUGUGCCAAUGGUCCCUAACUACUCAAUGGGUGUUCCAGCAAUGUCACAAAUGCCCCCUGCACCUGCUUAUCAGACCAUGCCUUUAAUGCCACCAAUGCAGCCAGUACCUGUAAUGCAACCAAUGCCUGCAAUGCAGACUGUUCCUAUGAUGCAACCAAUGGCACCACCAAUGCCAACAAUGAUGAUGCCACACACCAGUGUACCUCAGAUGGCACCGCUGCACCAGACUUCUCAGUAUGCACCACCUCAAUUGCGCCAACCUGAAAGACAAAUUGACUCAUCCCAACUCACAGCACAGCAGCAGACAUUCAUCAAUCAGCAAGCACUCUUACUGGCCCAACAGAUGACAAUUCAGGCCAUGUCAAUAAGUCAGCAACAGCAACAGGAGCGACAGCAAAAGAAACAAGAGCAGCAGCCUGUCUCUGAAACUCCGAAGGCCCCAACACCACCAAAAAUCAAAAGUAAACCUGUUGUGCCUGCUCCACCUCAACAGCAGAACAAGACCAGUGUGAAGACUGAACCUGUUGUUAAAAAGGAUCCCCCUAAAGAGAAAGAAGUACAUCCUAAGGACAUGGAUGUCAAGGCUGACAGUGAUGGUGUUGCUGAUGACUUGAUUACGGAACAAGUUGAAUCUUUUCAGCAGAAACGCGAUUUCUUCCAGAAGCUGGAGAAAGAGGAGCCUCUUCACGUAAAACCUCCAUCCAAGAUAUUGCUUCCCAAACCAGAGAAACCAGAAAAGAAGAAGGAGUCAGAAGAAUCCAAUAAUUCGGAAGUGGAGGAACACAAAGUGAGCCCUUCUCCAGCAAACUCCACCAAAGACACGGAGCAGAAAGACAAAGGAAAUGAAAAAGACCAUAAGACAGAAGAAGAAAAGAAGGAACCAGAGGUAGUGAAGUCCAUCCAGACCAACACAAGACCAGAACCUAGUCAGAACAUCCGAGAAAUAAUCAAAUUGUACCAGAGCCAGCCAAAACAACCUCCACCCCUCUACCAACCUGUCAGGAGGUCAGUAAAACCAUUCCUGAAGAAAAAUGAUCCCAAGGACGAGGCAUUAUCUCUUCUAGGAAUGAGAGGAUCAAAAUCUCCCACUGCAGUAGAGAAUGGAAAGGAAACACAAACUGCAAAGGUGCCACCUAAAACAGCACCAAAACCACAGCGUCAUUCCCAAUCUUCACAGCGUUCAAUAGAGGACCAGCUCACAAAGAUAUAUGCUUCACCACUACCAGGGCUUCCACUUCCACCACCUCCCCCACCACCUCCACCUGGUCCCUCUUCAUCGUCAACAUCUGUCAGUGAAUUUCAGCUCUCCCCAGUUCCACAAAAGAGAGAGGAAGUGUUCUUACAAGAUGACAAUAUCAAAACACAUCUGUACAGGAGGACAGCCAGUGUUUAUUUCUCAUAUGUUAAUAUUCCUUGGAAGCUCUAUCUUCGCAAAGAGUUGUUUUACCCAAGGGAGAAGUUUAACACUGAAUACAUUCUCAACCUGAUGUGUGAACAGAUCAUUCGAGACACUUACUCUGACAGCUGUACACGCAUUUCAAAGGAGGAGCGACGCAAGAUGCGAGACCUGUUAGCUGAACUUCACAUUGGGACUGAUGUACGGUUGCUGCAGGACAAUGGGCUGAAGAAGCGGAUUGUGGUCGCUGCACGUGACAACUGGGCUAUCUACUUUUCUCGGAUGUUCCCUGUCAGUGGGGACAUUGGCAGCAAUGUGCAGAUUCUCAGCAUCUCUCACCGAGGGAUCAAGCUGAUAAAGUUGGUGCAAGCAGUCGGAAUGAAAUCAGACAAUUUUAAAAUUCUUCAGAGCUAUAGUUAUACGGAAAUACUGAAUGUGACAUUAAAGGAAGAAACCAUGCUGGAAUUUUCUCUGAAGAAUGAGCAGCUGGUCCUGUAUUCAGAAAAGGCUGAGCAGGCAAAGAUGCUCAUCACUUUAUUCCUGGAGGAGUUACAGAAGGACUCUGACCACGUUAUGGCUAUUAAGAGCUAUAUUACAGAUGAUAAAAGCUUGCUGAACUUUCGCAAAGGAGACAUCAUCAAGCUCCUGCCUCUAGAUGGACUCGAACCAGGCUGGCAGUUUGGGUCAAUUGGUGGACGCUCUGGCUUGUUUCCUGAAGAUCAUGCUCAGCCAACAGCAGCUCCUGAUUACUAUAACAGUAACCUGGGGAAGAAUGAGGAGAGGCAAAAGAGCACACCCAGUUCCAAUAGAUCAUCCAUCAGAAAGAUUUCUGCACCCAGUGAAGUUUCAGAAAACACGAUCAUCUCCUCACAUUCUGAAUCCAACAAUCCUUCUUCAAACAUGCAUUCUUCACCUGACUUUGUCCAGUAUGUAAUGACAGAAUUUGCCAUGAAGUACUUCAGAGACCCUGUGGCCAUGCUUGGCUGGAAGGGCGUGAAUGCAGAAGAAAAAAAUCCUAAUUACCUGAUUCAGCACACCAAGAUUCCCAUUCAGGAGUCACUUAUUAACAUACCUGAGAAAAACCUAAGUAAGCUUGCUGCAAAGAAUUUCAUGGCUCUAUUGAGGUUCAUGGGAGACCAGCCGCCUCAGAAGCAUCAGUCUGACAGAGAUCUUUUACAGAGCAUCCUGAAGCUGUGCAAGGAGAAGGACAUGUUAAAAGAUGAGAUCUGCUGUCAGAUCAUCAAGCAAAUCACAGAUAAUCCCAUAAAAGAAAACUGUACACGAGGCUGGCGUGUCCUCUAUCUGUUCUUGGGCUACUAUCCAUGCACAAGCAACCUCAGGCCCUUUGUCCAGAGAUACCUGGAGAAGAUCUGCACUGACUCUAAUCAUGACUUUCAAGCAAUAGCAAUGGCUUGUCAGGACAACAUGUAUCGCACAUUGAAAUAUGGGGGCCGGCAACACUCCCCAUCCAACCUUGAAUUGGAAGCUAUCAUAAAAGGUCGCAGCUCAAGGAGGAUCAUUGUAUACCUACCUGGGAAGUUGGAGCACACAGCCAAGAUUAAGCCCUUUAUGGUCGGACAUGACGUGGUGAUGGAAAUUUGUGCUAACAUUGGAAUUACAGAUUCUGAAGAAGCCAAAGAGUUUUCCCUUUCUGCUGACAGGAACAAUGGAGAAGUUGUCAGACCCAUCAAAUCAAAUGAAUAUAUUUUUGACUUCCUGUUAGAUGAUAACUCAAUCAGUCUUCAUUUCCGACGCAUGACAUGGAGAGAACCUUUGCAUUUUUAUAAUGACCUCUGUGUUAGUGUGCAUUAUAAUCAGGUACUUCCUAUUUACCUAAAAGGACAGCUACUUUUUCCAAAAAACAUUCAUGGGGCAGAACAGCAGGCUGCAAUACUGGCUGCAUAUCAGCACAAAACCAAAGGAGCAGGCCAUGUGCUAAAUGUGCAGCAGCUGAAGGAUUACCUCCCUAAAACCAUGGCGGCAAAAUUGAAUACCGAGAGGGUUCUGAAGCAAACUAUCCAAGAACUUGAUACAAUGCAUGAGCUCAGUCCUGUGAAAGCCAAGAUCCAAUUCUUAUGUGAAGUGAAGGCUAUGCCUCUGUUUGGUUACAAUAUCUUCAUGGUGAAAAAGACAAGUGAACAUUGGAUUCCAAGUCCAUGCAUUUUAGCAGUCAAUCAGGAUGAUCUAAUUAUCUUAAAUGAGAAUACCAAGAAUGACCUCCUGAAGAUCCCUCUGAUGGAGAUCCAGACAAUGCGCUCCUUGCACCCAACCAAUGGAUCGAAAAUCCGAGAGAUGGAAAUCAACUUUGGCUCUUCAAUCAAACCACAGACAAUCACCUUUGAACUGAAAGAGGCCAAAGAAGUCUGCCAUAUAAUCGCAAAGAUACUUGAUGAGCUUUUAAUGCACAGUGACUCAUGAUCACACAUGAUGCAAAAUCCAACCAACUGGAAACUCUGCUAAAUGAAUUAUCACUUUCGUCAAAACACAACCAAUGCCUAUCAGGAGCAGGAGAAGGCACUCCUCGUCUUGCGUGAAAAUCAAUACGGGUACUGAGCUGCGACCAGCGGCUGUGACUUACCUUCAAUUGUAUAGUAAAGAGAAAAUAAAAAAAAGGAACAACCAUCACAAUGUCACACAA